AUGACGGGUCACAACGCGAUCGAGGUGACGAAGACGGUGCUUGAAGUGGCUGACGUCGCGUGGACCGCCGUCGAAACCUACCACCACCAUCACCACCACAACCACAGCGAAGAUGGCGAGAAUCACGAGUCAACGGAUUCCAAUUCGAUUCCGGAUCCUCGAGAUCGAGAAUUAGAAGCUCUUCGAGGAGAGAAUCGCCGUCUCAGGACUUUGCUCGAAGCGAAUCUCAAACUAUUCGAGACUCUCGCUGAAUCAGCUGCGUUAUCAAACGAUUGCCCUAGCGACCUCUAUGCAAGGCUAGUUUCGAUGGUUACUUCGAAGGAUUUCUUGGCUCGAUUAGAGAGUUUAAGGCAAGCUUUAUCCAAUGGAACUCAGAAUCAAUUUCCCUUCAAAGAGCCAACAGAAGAUGAUGUAAAGACUGUUGAAGUUCUUAUAGAAAUUGAUCAUCAAGAGCCAAGCUGGUGGGUUUUGGUCAAUGAUGAUAUGAUCCCUAGCAAUGUCGAGGAAAAAAGCGCAAUCGAUAAUGAGCAUUACAUUGUUGUGAAUGAAGAACAUGUGGUUGAUGCUGUUGCUCACUUUUUGGCUAAAUGCAUUAUGUCAAAUCCCAAAUCAAAGAUUCUUAAUCCUGAAGAGCUUCAGAAGAUUCUGGUUCAAGAAGUUAGUGCUCUGAGCAGAGUAGGGAAGAUAGUGGAUAUAUGGCAUGCUGGGAAGAUGUUCUAUACGUUUUCCACAUGGGGACUUGCUUUUGGAGGGUUAUACCAAGCUCGUGGUGCGCUGAAGAUGGCUGCUAAGGGUGUUCAUAUGACCAGCAAGGUUGUUCUUAGAGCUCUCUGA